AGACGUUAUUGCGGUUAUUGUUCGCUAGACGCAGUUUUUGAUAAUAUUUUGUUUAGAUUUUAAAAAUGAUAUUGUGUCUAAUUAGGUGUUUUUUUGCUGAAAUUAUCGUGCACUGCGUUGUGUAUUAACUAAACCUUUAGUAUAUUAAAAUGGCUAUACCACCGUUUCCGUCACAUGAUUUGGCUAAGCUCGUUCUUGGGUACCUUGCCGAGGAGCAGUUAAUGACAGCUUAUGAUGAAUUCCUACAGGCAAGCCCUUAUUUGGAUAUCCUAAGAAAUGAAUAUGACAGGAUAUUUAUGACGUCUCUCAAGAGCAUAUUAGCGGAAUAUAGGGCUGUUAAAAUUUAUGUUGAAACCUGCAAGCCGUUUUUGUUGCGUAAAAAGUUAAUCCAGUGUUCAAACUUAUUGGAAGUUGUCAAGUUUCUGAUAAAUCAUGUGGACAUUAGCAGGCUUCAUAUGCAAGAGCCAAGCACUGACAAAUCAAGUUGCAAUAGACAGACUUUGUACACAAAAUCCAAUGGCUGUGAAGUGUGCAAUUCCCUCAACCUCAGUGCAUGUGAGUGUAGACCCAGGGCUAGCAGAUCAGUGGCUAUGCUGCACCCUGCAAGCCAAACUGAGGCGAGCACUCCAGAAACCUCCAUUGAAACUACCUCCUUAGCUGAUUUACCUGGUAAUUCUAUAACAAAAAGAAAUUCCAACAAGGAGCUGCCAAAGGAGAUUGCACAUUCACAAAGUAAUUUGAAUCCUCAAAUAUCACAAAGUAGCCCGGCUCCACUAAUAACGCGAAGCUCAGUAGAACAAAUAUCGCAAAGUAGCCCAGUUCAACCUGGAUCGCAAAGAACUACAGUACAACAAGUACCACAAAGACUUAUGUUGCAGCAAGUAGCUUAUAUGACUCUGAAAAAUCCAGAUAAUCCAAGCAGCACCAGUGUAAGACCGCAAGUUUCUUCUGGGCCGCACUUACAAGGCAAUAAUGUUGCUUUUAAUAGACAAGACAUUUCUAUGGCGAAAUCCGAUGAAGCUAAACAGAAAAUCGAAGAGUUCAAUACAAUAUUUAACUUAGUCUGCAGCAAUCAGAUUUCUAAAGAACCAUCUAGAAUAAACAGUGAUGUUCCUCCAAAUUCUACUAACAAACCAAUAUGUAAUGCUGGUUCAUUUCAAGAGUUUGCUACCGGUGUGGCUGGAACAGCGAUCGACAAGGAAAAACCGACUGUACCUGAUUCCAGUACAUCUGAAAAUUUUAUUGCACAGACAACAUCCUUGAACGAAAACAGACAAAGUACAACUCCUUUUACUAAUAUAAAAGGCCCACCACCGUCUGGAAAAUAUUUUAUAAAAGCAAGUUCAAUGCACAGCCCGUACCUUCAAGUGAAGCCAAACCAAAUUCCAAAAAGCCAGUUCAUAAGAAUCAAAGAAUCAAAGUAUGAUGACCCAAAAGUAACGAUUCUCUCUGAUGUCAAAGUCGAUAAUACCUUUAAAGGCAACAAUUUCGUUAAAAUACCUCCGGUUCUAAGAGCUAAUACUAAUUCAUCGAUGCAGAUGCAGACUAUAUAUAUUAAUGGUACGCCUGCGUAUACAAAUAGACGGCAAACGGGAGCAAAUCUCACUUACACAAAGGACGAAAUUAUGGCGAUGCCUACAAUUAUUGUUGUACCUUCAUCAGGCCUCACGCAGAGCUCAGCGGCAACUUAUAGUCAGAGAACUAUGUCUUGCAGUACAAAUACUAUAACAACGAGCUCAACGCCGCGUGUUUUAGGGCCUUUAGUUAUAGACGUUUCAUCAAACAGCCCACCUCCCAAGAAAAGUUCACAGUUGCCAGAUUUAAGUUUUGAAGACCCUAAAAAAGUAGUUUCUGAAGGUCUAGUUAAAACUGUUGAUAUCACAGCUGCUUCUUUGCCAAAGGAUUCAAAUAUUGCUGUUCCCAAUAAAACUAGUACCCCUAAUGCUGUACCGCCUACGAGAAAAUCUUCAUCCACCCCCCGACGGAACUCUCAUGUUAGGGUGUUAGACUUUGCCACACCUAGAAGGAUAUUGCACGAAACUAUUAAUGAAAAUGACUCAAACAAAUUGUCCACAGAGAGUGAUACAAAUGGCAAUGAAAUUAUCCCAAACGGUCCCUCAGAUAUACCAGUUCAUACAAAUCUUGUAAAAGAUGAUAACUAUAACAGAGCUGAUACAAAUAAAAAUAAAAAUAAAUCAACUAAAGAAAAUGAAACGAACUUAGUGAAAAAAAGUAACUGGGACGCGGAACUUCGUGCACUUGCUAUUGCAAACGAAGUUUACGAAGAACCUGUGGUGACCCCGAAGCCUAAGCCGAAGCAGAAGCCGAAGAAAAUGAAGAAGAAGAAAAAGAUAUCCUCGGCCGCUGAGAUUGUUCCUGAAACUUCAGACUCGGAUAGUACGAAAACAACAAAUUCCACUUCACACACAACAUCGAAAUCAAACGAAAGUAUUAAAUCGGUUGAAAAUGUUGAACAGCUCAUAAAAGAAGUGCUACAUAAGAAUGUAGUGCCAGAAAGUAUUAAUAAUAUAACUACAUGCGACGGAAUCGCCAAUACGUUACACUUAACAGAUAAAAGUCAAAUGAAAGUAAACACUAGUGAUGACCGUGUGGACACCCCUGAAGCUGAGAGACUCUCUCUACAAAAUGCUAUCGGCGUCAAACUUAACAUAUCUGAUUUCUUAGAAACCCCAUAUAAACAAGUUUUAUAUGACAUUCAGAUGGAAACACCCAAGUUUUUAGGUUCCGACCUACCCGAUGAACCCAUUUCAGACAUAAAAAUCACAAGCAUUCCCACACCACUAUUUCUGAAUACACCCAAGCUGUUGCAGGCUACACCAUCUUCGUAUGCAUCUCGUCCUACUGAUUAUUCCAGUGGAAGCUCUUAUUAUAAACCCGAUGAUCAUGAUUACAUACCGCCGACUGAAGUCCUACACUGUGCAGGAACUGUAAUGAAAGAUGCUGCUCAGUCUACUAAAGAAGGAACAAUUUUAACAGAGCCCAAGGAAAAAGAAAAGUCUGCAAAAUCAAGUCGGCCUCAGAGGAAGUGCACCAAGAAUGUGUCAUAUAGAAGUCCUAUGUGUGUUUCCAAAACAAAAUACGAUGACUCGUUCGAAGCGGGUUCGGUCUCUAGCGAAACGAGUAACAUAAGCACAAAGGAUAAAAAAAUUGACAAAUCAAUAAAUAAAAAAGCUCAUUUAAAAACUAAAUCUGAUAAAAAGAAAAAAGCAUAUAAAUCACCAAUAAAAUCUAAAAGUUUUAUGAAGAUAAAGCCCAGGCGACUUACACCCAUCAAAGUCUCGUCCAGCAAAGGACGGAAGAAAACAUCUGAUGUAACAGAAAACUGUGCUUCAAACCCUAGAAAGAGGACUUUAAGUAAGGACAAAACAAAUAUCACAACUAUGGUAGUCGCAGCACCUACAAAGUCUCGUAGAAAAUCUUCAACGCCUAGAAAGCUCGAUUGCACAAAAUCAUUUACCUUAGACACGGUUGUACAAAAUUCUUCUAUUCUGCCUACUAGCGGUCAUGGUGUAGAGAAAGGAACCAACACGUGCCCUCUACAAGAUUCUGACAACGAACAACUGGCUCUUCGAUGGUCCGAUGACGGCUCGCAAGACGCUAAACCUAAAGAGAAAGAGGAGCAACCCACUUCAAGUUCCCUACCCGAUGAAGACGACCUCACUAAGAUAAAGGAAUAUAUCGAGACAUCUGCACCGCAAAAAGUUGUAUCUGAUAAAAAUAGUGAAGGGAGCUUGCAAAAUGAUCUAAUAAAAAGAGGCUUCGAUGCCGAGACUGCCAAAAUUAUUGAACGAGACUUGCUCGAUGCCACGCCCAUCCAAGACACGGCGAUACAGUCGACGAGCAACGAAGAAGUAGCCGUUAAAAAUCUUGAAGUAUCCCUACCUGUAAGCGACAGAAUAGAGUCCGACUCUAGUGCUAAUCCUUUGCACAUAGUUCAAGAGGAAGAUGAAGUGGAAGAAAUCGAACUGUCGGUUUACGAGUGUAACGAAGACACCAAGAAUUUCAUUUCGUGUCGAUUCGAUGAAUCAACAUUUGUCCCUAGUACUAGCAUAUCGAAAUUGAAGGAUAAGUUUUCAAUGGAACUAUGUGUGGACGAUGAUCUGACAAUAAGGUUAAGAGCUAAUUCUUUUAUAAGUUUAUUCGACAUGGAUCCUGAGGAAUUGCUUAACACAUACAAUCCCAGGGAGACAGAAGAGGCGGUUAGUUCCAUAUCUAACAUCGACAAACUGUACACUCCAAUGAAAGAUGUCGUCAGAGCGCAGUGUUAUGAAAUAUUCGAUUCCACACUUACCAGUAUAGACACGCCGCUUAAAUCGGAAGUCACUUACGAAACAAAGGUCACUGAAAUCAUAUUAGAAGUCGAAAGAGAAGAUGUUAAAGAGAAGACGGAAAGUAAAAAGAGAAAGAGGUUACAGAGCGGGAGCUUGGAGGACGCAUUGAGUAAAAAGUCCAAACCUGAUGCCCAGUACUUACUUAAAUCUGCGAAUAUACAAAACAUAGAUAUCGAAUCGGUAUUGAGCAAGUUACAUGGGCCGUAACGAAUGGAAAUUGUUUUUAUUUAUAUUUCUGUGUGAUUUAUAGGAUCUGUAUGAAGGUACCCAAACAGAAAAGUACUUCACAAACUACUAAAUUAGUAUCUAGUACCUAUAGAAGGGCUGUUACAAAUAAAAUUCGUAUUUUAUGAAGCUGCCAAAAUUAAAAUAACACGACAACAUGUAAGC